AAAAAACGACACUUUUCCUAAUUUAAUUUCCAUUUUUUUUUUAAUUUCACAGGAUCCAUCGGAAACAUCCAUCGAAUUUCAAUUUCAAUUCAGUUAAUUUCCAAUCCUGAUUGUUCCAACAGUAAAAUCAAUAUAGAUAUAGAUUUUAUAAAUAUAAAGUAGAAAGGGGGAAAUGGAUAGUGUGGAAAUACUAUCACCUAAUCAUGGAGAUGGAAGUAAUACUAGUCCAGGUAAAGAUCAACAAGCUGCAGGUGUUGGAAUUCUUCUUCAGAUAAUGAUGCUUGUUCUUUCCUUUAUUCUCGGCCACGUAUUACGCCGUCAUCGUUUCUAUUAUCUUCCUGAAGCUUCCGCUUCCCUUCUCAUCGGGUUAAUUGUUGGUGGUCUUGCUAAUAUUUCCAAUACUGAAACUAGUAUCAGGGCGUGGUUUAAUUUCCAUGAGGAGUUCUUCUUCCUUUUUUUGUUGCCACCCAUCAUAUUCCAAUCAGGAUUUAGUUUAGCACCUAAACCAUUCUUCUCAAACUUUGGAGCUAUUGUCACUUUUGCUAUUUUUGGGACAUUUAUUGCUUCCAUCGUGACCGGUAUCUUGGUGUACCUUGGCGGUGUCAUGUAUCUCAUGUACAGACUUCCACUGGUUGAGUGUCUCAUGUUUGGUGCUCUUAUUUCUGCAACGGACCCUGUUACUGUUCUCUCCAUUUUCCAGGAGCUUGGAUCUGACAUGAAUCUCUAUGCAUUGGUUUUUGGUGAAUCAGUUUUAAACGAUGCAAUGGCAAUUUCCCUGUACAGGACAAUGUCAUUGGUGAGGAACAAUUCUUCCGGACAAAAUUUCUUCCUGAUAGUUGUCAGAUUUCUUGAGACUUUUGUUGGUUCCAUGUCAGCAGGUGUUGGAGUUGGAUUUACGUCUGCAUUGCUAUUCAAGUAUGCAGGCCUGGACAUUGAUAAUCUGCAGAACUUGGAAUGCUGUCUGUUUGUUCUUUUUCCGUACUUCUCGUACAUGUUAGCAGAAGGGCUUGGUCUCUCUGGUAUUGUGUCAAUCUUGUUCACUGGAAUGGUUAUGAAGCAUUAUUCUUUCUCAAACUUAUCAGAAAACUCUCAGAAGUUUGUGGCGGCUUUUUUUCAUUUGAUAUCAUCUUUAGCUGAAACAUUCGUAUUCAUAUACAUGGGUUUUGAUAUUGCUAUGGAACAGCAUAGCUGGUCCCACGUUGGAUUCAUUUUCUUUUCUAUUAUAUUUAUCGGAAUAGCAAGGGCUGCAAAUGUCUUCACUUGUGCAUAUUUAUUGAACUUGGUUCGACCUGCACAACGACAAAUACCCUUAAAACACCAAAAAGCACUUUGGUACAGUGGACUUAGAGGGGCUAUGGCGUUUGCACUUGCUUUGCAAUCAAUUCAUGAUCUCCCAGAGGGACAUGGUCAGACAAUAUUUACUGCUACUACUGCAAUAGUCGUUUUAACGGUCUUACUUAUUGGAGGUUCAACAGGUACUAUGCUUGAAGCUUUACAUGUUGUUGGAGAUACCCAUGAUAUCCACUUAAGUGAUGGCUUCGAGGCUAAUAAUGGUUACGUGGCUCCUUACGAUGGAGAAGAAUCAUCAUCAUCUGGAAACAGGCUAAAGAUGAGACUUAAGGAAUUUCACAGAAGUGCCGCAUCUUUCAGGGCAUUGGAUAGGAACUACCUUACUCCAUUUUUCACAACUCAAGCUGGAGAUAGGGACGACAAUGACGAUCAUGCGGAAGAUUCUUUACUGAGGUCUAGAAGAGAAGGUUUCCAUUAACAGCAGAUUUUUAUUUUCAUUUUCGGGAGAUGGAAUUGGAUGAUGAAUGUUAGAAUUAUGCAGAAUGAAAAAUGUGCAUCCCUGGAAAAUGUUAGGAGGCAGUUACACUAUAGUUACUACUGUUAGCAUACAACACCUGUAAAUGUUUAAAGUAGAUGAGGAGCCUCUCGAGAGCUUCUACUUUCAUUACUAUAAAUCGCCAAUUUUCAAGAUUUCUCUGCCGAGUUGGCUGUAUUAAAAAUAUUAAUGGCAAGUUGUGCAUUUGGUCGCGUAUAGCGCGAUUUGCUAGUUAUAAUUAAAGAGGAUAUAGUUAUUUGGUA